AUGAGAUAUUUCUAUAAGAUAUCUUUAUUUCACGAGACAGUAAUAAGACAGGUUGAAGCUGACCUGAUCCGCUCCGUAUUGCAUGCGGUGGCUAAACAAUCGACGGAAAAAAUCCGUCGUACCCGGUUGUUGGCCACCAACGUCUUUUCUUCUCUCAUCUACUGUGAUCCCACCAUUCCUCACAUUGAGCAGUUGGAAGAAUUGCGUUCCAUCCUUCAACCGCCUCCGCUGGACAUUUUGACCGAGAAGGAAUGUUUCGAAUUGUGGAUGAAGGUAAUGCGACUCGACACUUACCGCAAAGCCGUCAUCACCGGACUUGUUUCCAGCAUCGGCAGUCUCACGGAGAGUUUGGUAUAA